AUGGACGAAAAGAUCACCUUUGGGCCGAGGGACGCGGUUCCCCUGGCGUCAGAAAACCACGAGGCCAUCGUGAUAGACGUCGUGACCAACAACUAUCGGGUGAAGAAAGUGUACGUCGACCAGGGAAGUGCGGUGGACAUCUUGUUCCACCGGGUGUUCAAGGAGCUCGGCUUGAAAGACAGGCAGUUGACCCCGGUUCGGACAUCUCUAGUGGGUUUCACCGGGCCGCCCAUCAACCCGGAGGGGAUGAUCACCCUGAUGGUCACGGUAGGGCAGGCGCCCAAAUGCCGGACCAUCCCCGUCAAUUUCGUGGUGGUCAAGCAACAAUCCCCGUAUAAUAUGUUCCUGGGUCGGCCCGCCUUGAACGCCCUCCGAGCUAUUCCCUCCGAGCUAUUCCCUCCUCGCUCCACCUCAGCGUUAAAUUCCCCACCCCGGGGGGAAUAG